GAUCUGCCCGGUCUGUACGUAAUCUCUUUUCCCAGGAUGACUGUGUGCAUGAGUUUUCUGUGGCUUAUAAAUAACGGCCCCUCUUGCUUUGACCAGAUGAGAGGAGAGAGUAAGAGAAUACGCACGAUGAGAGAAGUCCUCCAUGGAGCUUGAUGGGACUCUAGAACCGAGGUAUCUUAUGACCCCCCACCCCCCCCUCAAGUCACCCUUCAAAACCUAUUUGGAUCUUGAAGUUUACUGGAGAGCUGACAUGGAGCCCUGCAGGUAACUCUGUGGGAAGUAGUGAGUAGAGGAAAGACAAGACAAGUAGGAAGGUUCGGUUUGUGAGCUCCUUGUCGACCAUCCUGGUUCUUAACUGGAAACUCUGGGAUCUGAAUCAUGGAUGUCACUACAGAAGGUGUUCAGGACGCCCUGGUUCAAUUCAAGUCCACCUUGCAGGCUGCGGUGAAGGAGGUGCACGUGGACGUCAGUGCUUUCAAGCAGCGUAUAGAACAGAGGAUAGACGAGCUGUGCGUCUCCAACGGGCCCCUGGCCGAGGCGGUGACCCGGCUGGAGGAGGAGAACCUGCAGCUCAGAGCCAGGCUGGAGGUUCUCAGCCGCCUGGUGGAGGGCAUCGCCGGGCUAACAGUCGACAGGAGUCCUGCUGAAGUGAAGGGGAAGAACGAGGGGGGGAGUUUAGAGAAUGGACAUGCACAGAUACAAUCCAAGACCCAGGAAGACAAGGGGGGUUUGCUCACGUCUCGGAAGUCAGAAGACAGCCUGUCGAGUCUGUCUUCAUACUCUGAUCCAGCUGGGUCCAGUGGAGGAUCGGGCCAGGCUCCUGCUCCUGCUGCUCCUCCUGCUCCUGGUGCUGGUUCCAGAAUCACCCGAGCACCUCCUCCAUGGAGAGCAAAGAGACAAGCUGACCUCAACGGCACUGAUGCAAAGGGAGAGACGAAAGUCACGGCAGCUCCAGAGGAGAACGGGAAACCAGAAAGCUCCUCAGUGGAUGUUGGUGAUGCAGCUGGAGGAGAUGGAGCUGCUCCUCAGGCUCAUCAGCCUCUCGCCUCCGUCACCAAACCAAACCCUGAAGCUCCUGUCACCACGAGUUCCCCUCAGACUGCAGCGGAGACACAGGCAGGGACAGAACAGGAAGAAUCCGCUCUUCUGAACAAACCCUCCUUUCCUCUCACGUCCAUGACAAAAAGCUGCUCCGAGGCUCCCUCUGUCUCCCAGUAUCCAGCCUCUGUGGCUCCAGUGAAACCAGUGGAGUCUGCAGCUAAAUGUGAUGCUGACGAGCCUCUGCCGCAUCUGCCUGUCACUGCCAUGAAAACCAAACCAGCUCCUGAGGCUCCGCUGAGCUCCAGAUCUGCUCAGGGUCCUGCAGCAGAGCCCAGAGCUGCAGAGGCUCCAGCUCCCACUUCACCUGGAGCAAAGGAUCCGGGUUCUGGAAGAGGAUAUCCAUUUAGACGUGACGCUAGUGAACCCAAACCACACCUUCCUCUUCCUGCAUCAACCAAACCCAUCACAGAGUCUUCGUCCUCAGCUUCAGCAGCUCAGUCGUCUCCGGGUCUGUUAGCGUCCACGGACCCGACAGUGAAACCCGGAGAGUAUCCCUUUAAACGUAUUCCAGUUCUGAAAACGCCCAGUCCCAGUCUGAAGAGGAGUGUGAGCUUUCCUCAGCCUGCAGAAAAAUUGCUUCCCUCAAAAUCCAUCAUUAAAUCUGGUUUCUCACCUAAUUUGGACAAGAAGACAAACAAACCUGGAGGAGUUGAGUUUAAACAGGACCUGAUGAAGUCUCAGACACUCCCCCGCUCCAACGGGGCUCAGGCCAAACGAGCCCUCUUCGAAAGGAUGAACUCAGAACCGACCAAGCCGAAGGACUCGAAGCCCAAACUGAAACGCUCUCAGAGCUUCGGAGUCUCCAGCGCCGGGGGGAUCAAACAGAUUCUCUUGGAGUGGUGCCGCUCGAAAACGAUUGGAUAUCAGAACAUCGACAUCCAGAACUUCUCGUCCAGCUGGAGCGACGGCAUGGCGUUCUGUGCCCUGGUUCACUCCUUCUUCCCUCUGGAGUUCGAAUACAACGAACUGAACUCCGCCAACCGCAAACACAACUUAGAGCUGGCGUUCACCACUGCAGAGCAGCAGGCCGACUGUCUCCGCCUGAUCGAGGUGGAGGACAUGAUGGUGAUGGGAGAGAGGCCUGACCCCAUGUGUGUGUUCACAUACGUCCAGUCGCUCUACAGCCACCUGAAGCAGUUUGAAUAACUCUGUAUCAGAGUCAAUGAAGAAGUCCAGAUGUUUUUUAAACACAGUGAUGAUGAAUUAAUGUCAAGCCUGACAUCAGCCUCUGACGAUGUAAAGCAAUAAGAAACCACUGUUGUUCAAAUCCCUUCAGUCUCAUUUGAUCAGUUUUAUACUGUGUUUGUGUGUUCACCCUCGUUUCCUUCAGUAUUUAUUGCCGACAACUGAUUCUAAUCAUGCUUUGUCUUAUGACUCGUGCGGCCCCGAUUGCUUGUGUAUUUACAAAAGAGGCUUUUUGAAAUAAAAGAAAAUAAAAGGAAGUGAAAGAAGAAGUUAAUAGUUUGUGAAACGGCUGUCGCCAGGGAUGUGAAGUUACAUAUGAGAGAUUUAUGAAGUGUCGAGAUGCUGCAGGAACAAUAAAUGGAAGUUUUGCCUUUUGAAUCUUGAAAUAAAGCAGUUUUCUAAUGA